AGACAAACUGAGCUUCUCCUCAACGCUGAAUCGGAAACAGACCGAGAACGAUGGCUGAGUGCUCUGCGACCGCCGAUAUCCGCAAACCCUGAGGAGAAGAUUUACGCUGAGUGGGAUUGUCCACAAGCUGUAGCGGUUCAUACUUACAACAAAAAUCAAGACGAUGAAUUGUCGCUUGAGGUUGGAGACAUGGUCAAUAUUCUCAGGAAAAUGCCUGAUGGUGACUUUUCUUAUUUAAUGAAUGUAUAUAUAAAUCUGUCAGGUUGGUUCUUUGGUGAGAAGACGACUGAUGGACAAUCUGGAUGGUUUCCAUCGUCGUAUGUGCAGCAAAUCCUGAACGACCAUGUGAGGGCUAAUAACUACCGCAAGCGGCUACGUCUUAUACAGGUAUGUUUGCAAUUGCAAACUUCUUACCGUAACGUAGAGCAUUGA